UGUUGAGUCAAUGUAAGUUCCUUGUACGUGUCCCUUAACCAAGCCACGUCAAAAUAUUUAUUUAAUAAAAUGGUGGAAAUCGACUCUAUGAUGAGAUAUGUCUCUCCUAUAAACCCUGCAAUUUUCCCUGUACUAGCAGUGGUGUUAUUAGGAAUUGGAAUAUUUUUCACAGCAUGGUUCUUUGUGUACGAGGUCACUAGCACAAAAUUUACUAGGGAUAUGUUCAAAGAGUUGUUAAUUUCUUUGGUGGCAGCAAUAUUUUCUGGAUUUGGUGUAUUAUUUCUGCUUCUUUGGGUUGGCAUAUACGUAUAGAUGAAUUUGACCAGUGUGAAAAACAUUUCAGAACAAUAUGUAAUAGUAUUUAAGUAAUUACAUAACAAUUCCACGUCAUAAGAAUAAAAACAAUGUAUUUUUACUAAAA